AUGAACCCCAUCCGCCAAUCCGUCCGCCGCCUCGGCAGCACAAAGCAAUACCCUUUAUCCACCGCGCGACUACAAGCCGCCCGCACUGGACCUCAGCGCAGAUCCUACGCCACUUCACCCAGCGAGCUCGCAGACAGCAAGGGCACUCCAAUGUGGAUAUACGGAGCUAUUGCCGCUGGCGCCGGCAGUAUGCUGUACUUGUGGAGGAAAGGAAAUGCCAAGGCCAAGGCCGAGGCCGGCGUCACCCAGCUCGAGCAUCAGCGUGAUGGCGGUGCCGCGAGAUAA